AAAAACUAACAUCCCCACGAGGAGAUAGUACGUUCCACAGUGCGUUCAUUGACGGUACACCAGUCAAACAGCAUCAUUUCACUGAGACAUGCUGCGCGUAAGAACGGCUCUCUGCCAGUCUUGGAGGGGGUUCAAAACCUUUCCUUGUGCAGCUGUUGAGGUGAAGAAUGAGCCCAUUCUGGGAUUCAAGGAAGGCAGUGCAGAGAGGAAAGAGCUCCUGAAGGCCUUGAGUGAUCUGAAAGGGAAGACCGAGGAGAUCCCCUGUGUGAUUGGAGAUGAACAUGUGUGGACCAAAGACAUUAGAUAUCAGUUAUCCCCCUUCAAUCAUUCACAUAAGCUGGCCAAGUUCUGCUAUGCUGACAAGGAGCUCAUCAACAAAGCCAUCCUGGCGUCUGUGGCAGCAAGGAGAGAGUGGGACCUGAAGCCUGUUCAGGACAGAGCCCAGAUUCUCUUCAAGGCGGCUGAUGUCAUCAGCGGACCCAAGAGAGCAGAAAUCCUCGCCAAGACCAUGAUUGGACAGGGUAAGACAGUCAUACAGGCAGAGAUUGAUGCUGCUGCAGAGCUGAUUGACUUCUUCAGAUUCAAUGCCAAACAUGCUGUUGAGCUGGAGGGGCAGCAGCCAUUAGACGCAGAAAGCAGCACCAACACUAUGCUCUAUCGUGGACUGGAGGGUUUUGUAGCAGCCGUCGCCCCUUUUAACUUUACUGCUAUUGGUGGAAAUCUGGCAGGUACCCCAGCUCUGAUGGGUAAUGUAGUACUCUGGAAGCCUAGCGACACUGCCAUGUCUGCUAGCUACGCUGUUUACAAAGUCCUACGUGAGUGUGGUCUGCCCCCCAACAUCAUCCAGUUUUUGCCGGCUGAUGGGCCAGUGUUUGGCGACGCUAUCACCUCCUCUCAACACUUAGCAGGCAUCAACUUCACUGGCAGUGUGCCGACAUUCAAGCGUCUAUGGAAACAGGUAGCCCAGAACCUGGACAUCUACAGGAACUUUCCUCGGGUGGCAGGAGAGUGCGGUGGGAAGAACUUUCACUUUGUUCACAAGUCUGCAGAUGUUGAAAGUGUGGUGACAGGGACCAUUCGCUCAGCAUUUGAGUAUGGAGGCCAGAAGUGCUCCGCCUGCUCCAGGAUGUAUGUACCAGACACCAUGUGGCCGCAGAUUAAACAGGAACUCCUGGCCAUACACAAAAACAUCAAAGUUGGAGAUCCUGUGGAAGACUUUAACACCUUUUUCUCUGCUGUGAUAGAUGAUAAGUCCUUUGGUCGUAUAAAGAAGUGGCUUGAUCAUGCCAAGUCCUCCCCAAAUUUGACUGUCAUUGCUGGGGGCAAAUGUGAUGACAAGAAAGGCUAUUUUGUGGAGCCUACUAUCAUCGAGACCAAAGACCCACAGGACACUAUCAUGAACGAGGAAAUCUUUGGACCUGUUCUGUCUGUCUAUGUUUACCCUGAGAAAAAUUACAAAGAGGUGCUGCACCUGAUAGACAACACGUCGCCAUAUGCCCUGACAGGGGCUGUAUUUGCUCAAGACAAGAGCGUUAUUGAUGAGGCAGCCAAGGCCUUAAGGAACGCUGCAGGGAACUACUAUGUGAAUGACAAAUCCACCGGCUCCAUUGUUGCCCAGCAGCCAUUUGGUGGCGCCAGAGCCUCAGGAACCAAUGACAAACCUGGAGGUCCACACUACGUUCUGAGAUGGACAUCGCCACAGGUGGUCAAACAGACCCACGUCCCACUCAAAGAAUGGAAGUACCCCUACAUGGGUUGAGAAGGAAUGACGCACUGCAGCCCAGUCCAGCCCAGGCCCUCCAUCAGUUUUUUCCCCACACACUGAAGACCCAUAGACCUCCUCUCUGUGAAAGUAAUGAUGUGCAAGUGAAAUGGAGAGAAAUCAUCUCCUCGUCUGUAUCCAAGUUCGGCCGUGCCCUGCCUCCCUCUGAGAAAAACUUGCACUGAACCUAGACAUGCACAAAGAAUGUGAUUUCUGAAAGAGGAUCAGUUCAACAGCGCCCCUUGGUGGCACUAAAUUUCAGCAGAUUUGACUGCUGGCUCAGCGAGGAGUAGUGUGGCAGGGCUCCAUCCUUGGAUCCCCAGACUAUCAAAGUGACACAACAGCAGCCUGAUGUUUGGUGCUGCCGUGCACAUUUAGCUUACAUAUCUGCAUAGUUUAUCUGAGUUUGACCACUGGUACUUUCACAAUUGGAGAGCCCUGAGGUUUUAGCUCUGUUACAUGUGUGAUGUCAGGAAUCUGUGAAAUCAGAGACAAAGUCAGUGGGUUGGAGUUUUCAUUCAGGGAUAUUGGUAUUCAAAGUUAGCAAAUUUUUUUUUUAAUCCAAACCAAAAUUAAAUCAUAUUUUAGGGCACUACUAAACUAGAACUUGGCUAGUGUUACACUUAGAGUUUAUAUUCAAUGUUUAUCUCAAAGAGCACAUAUGAUUUUAUCUGUUUAACUAAAUGCUUUUCAUGUCUCAUUCUUGUUCUUGUAACAAUGAAAUAUUUUUCUAAUUUUAUUGUUGUUGCUAAUACUUUUAAAAUAUUCAUAAAAGAGGAAACAAUGGGAAAAUAUUUUCUCAUGCGUCCUCAUAGUGUUAGAGUGAAAUUCUUAUUCCUCUGGACAUUUUGUACUGAAAGCCCGACGCUUACAUGGCGUGAAACAAACCAGGGUCAAAAAGUAAUUCUUCACAUGUUCUAAUCUCUUGGAUUGCUGGAUGAAUGGGGAUUACUAUCUUGACACCUUGUAGACUGUUACAUCAAGUAAGUCAGAAAUGUACACCAAUUUGAUGUGUAAAUGCUGUUUGUGCUGCAAUUUAUUUGACAGUCUUCACCUAUCUGGAACUUCAUUAAAACACACAAGUAGGAUGAUUUACAAAUACUAUUUGAUUAAGGUCUGCUACAGGCUUGAAAGCUGGGUGCAAAUAACUUUGUUCACUAAUUCAAUCAUGCUCUACGUGCUGAUGCUAAUGUUUACCCCUUAAUUCAUACACAUAAUCUAUGUCAUUUCAUUUGUGAGAUGAUUAAAGAGUAUUACACUUUUAAAGUGUUAAUUACGUCCAUAGUGAGUUAACCCCCUGCUUCUGUAUUAAACAGUUAAGGGGGGUACUGUAUAUUUUAUGGAAAGUAUUUUGUAUUUUUAUCUCCUGCUGUCCUAUAACAAAUGCAACUGAUUUACAAUAUCCAUAAUGUGCCUGCAUUAGCUCCACUGUAAAUUGAUUUAGGUAACAAAUUUUUGACAUUAGAAAUUAAAUUAUUAUCAACAUUU